AUGAAGCCAGUGAUAUUCAUGAUGUGCCUGCUGGUCACUGCCUUGGCUGCCCCUGUUCCAGGGAGUGAAAGCGAGGAGCAGGUUGCAGCACAUGCUAAUGAGGCCCUGAGGUGGAUGGAGAUGUACAGGCUUUACCAGCAGCAGGGACUAGUUGGAAACCCUUUCCUUCCUGCUGCAGAUGCUCCUGCCCCAGCUGCACCAGCCCAGCCAGCUGUCGUCCUCCCUCAAGCUGUUGGAGAUACAUCAGAGGAGGAGACAGAGGAUGGCAACCCUGCCCCUAAAGCUGCUCUUGCUGCCCCCCUUAACUCUGAUGAGGAAGAGGAGGCAGAGGAGGCAGAGGAGGUGGAAGCAUCUGAGGCUGAGCCAGCCGUGGUGCCUGAAGCAAAUCCAGAAGCUGUGGUUGACGCCCCUGUAGAUGUUGCACCAGUCAAUGCUGCUGGCAUUCAUGCUGCUGCUCCUGCUGUUGAUGCUGCUGCCGUUGAUGCUGCUGCAGUUGAUGCUGCUGCCGUUGAUGCUGCUGCCGUUGAUGCUGCUGCUGUUGAUACUGCGGCCAUAGAUGCUGCAGCCGUUGAUGCUCCUGCCGUUGAUGCUCCUGCCGUUGAUGCUCCUGCUGUUGAUCCUACUGCUGUUGAUGCUGCUGCUGUCGAUGCUGUUGCUGCUGAUGUGCCUCCUGUUGAUGUUGCGCCAGCGGCCCCUGAGGUGUCUGUUGAUGUGGCUGUAGCAGAUGUCCCUGCUGCUUCUGAUGCUGGUGCUCCUGAUGCUGCCCCAGAGACUGACAUGACUGGGGUGGCAGCAGAUCCUGCUGUGCCAUUGUAG